CGUCGUCUGCUAGCCCGCGCAGUGGUCCCGUAGCAGUCGCCGUGUAGCAGGCUGUGCGUCCUGUGGAUCUUGGAGGAUUUCUUUUCGUCGUCGUCGCAGCAACGUUUGUUGCGUAGCGCAGUUACAACCGGCGCGGCGUUGCCGUGUGUGGAUGUGUGCUCCUGCUCGUACCCCUGUCUUCUUUGUGGUGCUGCUGGUGGUUCUUGCCGCGUCGUCGACGUGAUGCGUCUCACCGGCAGUCGUGGCAGAUAGAGGCGCACUCCACACUGCCCCCGCGACCGCAUGAUGCCACUACGUGUCGGCGGUCUUCUGCUGCGAUCUCCCAAGUGCCUCGCGCCCCGACGCUGGCGGUCGGCGCGUCGUGUCCUAACCGCGACUGCUGCUACCUCGACCGCGGCUACGUAGACGGCGCCGCGGCCCAGCAUGUAGGCCUCAAGACGCAGCGGAUUUUUCGUCGCCUCAUGUGCGCGGUGGCCCGGGCCAAGUACCGCGGGAUGUUCAUGCUCAACUUUGUCUGGAAAGCCCGUCGGAAAGACAAGGAUGCAUCUUCGAGCGGCGGCGGCGGCCAAGAGGAGCCCAAGAUGUACCUGGAGUCGACGGUGCUCGAGUGCACCAUCCCCGAGUCGCGGCUGCGCGACCUGGUGGACCUUCCCGAGGGGCUCGACUACAACGAGUGGCUCGCAUCGCACACACUGGCGUUCUUUGACCACAUCAACCUCCUGUACGGGACGGUGUCCGAGUUUUGCACCAUGUCUGGCUGCCCCGACAUGACUGGCCCAGGGAACAGGCAGUACCUGUGGUUUGAUGAGAAAGGGAAGAAGUGCAAGGUGGCUGCCCCACAGUACAUAGACUAUGUGAUGACCUUCACCCAGAAGACGGUCAAUGAUGAGUCCCUCUUCCCAACAAAGUUUGAACGCGAGUUUCCCAGCUCUUUCGAGUCCCUGGUGAAGAAGAUCCACGGACUUCUGCUGCACGUCCUGGCACACCUGUACCAUGCCCACUUCCGGGAGAUGGUCUUGCUGCAGCUGCACGGCCAUCUGCAUUCGAUAUUCGCCCACUUCACCCUCUUCAACGCGCGCUUCAAUCUGGUGGAUCCCAAAGAUGCCGUCGUGCUACAGGACUUGGCCGUUGCGCUCGGACUCUGUCCGCCCGCCGAGAGCGCCAACGGAAGUCCCGCCGCCUCUUCUUCUACGCCCUCCUCCUCGGCCGUCGCAGCAAGCAGCAGCACAGACGAAGAUUCUGCAGCUGCUGAAGCCAUCCCGGCUUCAGUGGCUGCCCCCAUGGACGUGUCCCUCUCGCCUUCGGCGAUGCAGCGCUCUGUGGUUACCUCCAGCAUCGAGGCAGCUCCGAUGUCAAUGGCCGCCACGACGGCCGGGAGCGUGGUGCCCGCGCAGUAGGUCGUCGUGGUCGCCGCUUUGUUAACGUUUUGUCGAGUGCCUGUGGUGAUAGCAGCCUGUAGUGUGGAGCGCCGGUUCCUCUGAGAGUGGUAUCGGGGGGGCACUUCCGUUGUGCAUCCGCAACUGGGGUAGUACUGUGCUUGUCGGCACCAGAGUGUGGCUGCUGGUGGUGCCACGAAGGUGAUGACGUCACUUCGGUGUGACUAGGUGGUUCUGCUGGCAACAGCAGCAGCAUCAAGCAAAUUGUUUGUUGUUUUCACUGUUACACUGGGUUAAAAUGUGGCUUCGCUGCUUUGCCCAUCCUCCGCUUGACACUAAAGUGAUUAUAGCCGCAGUUAUGGCAGUGUUAUGUGGCAGGCAUGGGAGGCCUCCCCCUCUCCCCCCUCUCCCUCUGCAGCGAGGUAGUACAACCGAGCCAUGAGCUCUGAAAAAGCAUGGCCCUUGCGGAAUAGCCUCUGCAGAGUAGCUCAUUCUAGACCCUCAGCUAGUUAAAAGCAACCUUCACAACAGUAGCUGGGCUAGUUAUGUCUGUGCUGAGGCAGCAGGGGCGUUACUACUAGGCAAUUGGCUGGAGUGGUUUAUCUAGGGAGAGUCAUUACGUCCACCAUUCUGUGAUCAUGAAAGUGGUCGAAUGCAUGGUGAAUAUUCAUUUGUAAGAGCUUGCAGGCACGUUCCAUGCAUGGGGCUAGCUUGCUAGCUAGCCCUUUGUGAUGGGGGCAAGAAGUCUUGGUUGUCAUUGAAAAGAAAAAAAAAAGAAAAGUAAACCAGACUGUCAGCGUCUAUAUAAGAUCAGUGUCAGGAAAGAGACUGACAUUUUCAUGGGGAAAAAACAAACAAACACGAAAACAUGUUGGUGAAGUAACCUUGGUGCCACCAACCGACUCAGCGGAAAAAAAAGAGAUGGUACACUGGGGGGGGGGGGCAAUAAGACUGCGGCAACUUUGGUGAGUUGCGACUACUUCAUAGCGGAUAUAUAUUGGCGCACAAGAAACACGGGACUGAGGGCCCAUUCACAGUUGCGACUAGGCGAGGUCACGCAACCAAGUUAGUCGCAAAGUGACAAGUCGCAAGUAGUUGCAAAUGGUCGCUUUUCUGGAAAGGUGACCGUUUCGUUCCAGUCGCACGACCGCAGUCGCAGAAUAGCUGAACCAAUCAGAUGCGAAGGAACAGGGCAUCUGUAUAUGCUGAUGCUUAUUUAACGCGGCGAUGACAUUGCAAGCAGACGUGAACGGUCUAUUGCGAGACUUUUCCAUUAAGCGACUCGUCGGUCGCAUUUGUCAGUGUGAACAUCAUUCGUCUUGAGUAGCUUUCUGGUCUCCAGUCGCAGUCGGUCGUGGGACGUUGUUGUGUCGCAAGUGUGAAUGUGCCCUGACAGUUAGAAUUCUUCUGUGUUUUCUGUGUGCCAGUAUCUAUCUGCUAUUAAGAGAAUGGUGUUAGGCUUAGCUUUUACACCUGUUGUUUUUACACUUUACUGCAAUUCGUUUGCACUUGUGGUCACGUAGAAGUCAUCCCUUGUAGAUUAUUGAUUCACAUUUGGCAUAUUUCUCUUUACAUUGUUGCGCUUAAGAUGCAGUGUUUUAUGAAAACUGUUUGAGUGGUAAAAUAUUUUCCUCUGUGCAUUUUGCAAAAAAAAAAGAAAAGCAUUUUGCAUAGAAUGAUAUUCACGCAUUGCGGUUGUGAUGAAUAUGUUGAGCCACCCUGUCAGCAAUUUCCAUCUUUUGGCCACAUUCAUUUGAAAGCGCGCAUCCUCUAUAAUAACCAGUGCUUUGCAGUGCAGUGCUUAAUAAUCUAAGGGUUGAAGCGCCAGCAUCCCACAUUUAGUGCCAAGCACCAUACAGGUCAUGGCUGUCUAGUUUCUGAAGUCCACAAUUUUCUGUCGAGAAGGGACAGUGCCUGCAAGCUCUGCAACAGUGUAUUCUUCGUAGGCCUGAGCUUACAAAACGCGAUUGUGCAGUUGGAUCAAAGGUUGCUUAGAGCGGCUGUGUCUUGUAUCAAGAGGGUGAUGCCUCUGGUAGGUGGGUCACGGAAGUCACGUCACUUUCUCCAUCCCUCUGCAGGCUGGUGAUACGAGUCGGUCUUAUCGGUGACCCGAAUUGGUGCCUGUCGGGUUGUUCGGGUGGGCGACGCACGGUCACUCCCAAAACUCGCACAUUUGCCAGUGCCGCUUAGUGUUAGUAGGAGAGGAGGGGGGGUGGGGUCGUGUGUGUGUGUGUUGUGUGGCGUGGGGACAAUUGCAUCUGCUUGUCAUUCUUCUGCAGGAGCGGAGGAGGGAAAUAAAAUGGGGAGAGAGUGAGAGGGGGGCCUAUUUAUUUUCUGUCAUCGCCUCGGCCCGCACUCACACACACACACAUACACAGCCACUAGGUGCCACACAGCUGGGACUUUCUUGUGUGCGAGGUGACACAUACAUACACACAAUAUGUAAAUAGGAUGAUGCUCUAUUUUUAAGAAGCACGUGAGGUUGGUGAUUUAGGCAAGUCUUUCUUCUCUCUAUUCUACCCCCCCUGGCCCAAACCCACUCCCCCCCUCUGGGCAUUUGGAGCUGCACGUGCAGUGGAGUGUCGGCAAUCAUCGUCGCUGGCGGGGAGGGCUGACUGGGUCGAUGAUGGUGUGGAAGUGGUGGGCACCUCGCAGCUUGCAACGAUGACCUUCUUGCCUUUGCCUCAACUGUUUAGCCACCUGUUUUUGUGCGUGCACUCAGGUGGCGAUUGUCGAGGAUGUGCCUGCUUCGUCAUUUGUCAAGCUGCAAGGAAGAAACACUGUUUGAUUCACCUGCAUCCUCCACUUGUGGUUCCUGCACCUCAUUGGUUGUUGGUUUCCGAUAGCUGCCAAGUCGUAGGCUUCUAAAUGUGGUCCUUCUCGGUGAUGCAGUGUAUGUGCAUGACUGCAAGUGUGAACAGUCUUGCUCUUGCUGUGUACGCAUUGUGCAACUUGCGUGUGUCACUAAGUCGGCCGUUGCUGCAUUCUCUGUUGAUGGAGCAGCUGUCUAACAGGCAAAAUGGUGGUGGGUGUGGUGUUUGCAUUAAGUCUGCGGAUGCAUGCGAGAAGUUUAGUUUAUUUCUGCUUUUGAGAAGUUAUCAUUGAGGCUAAAGGUAUGCAUAACUUUCAUCUCUAGGCAAGCCACUGUCACACGCUGCAUGACAGUAGUGGACAUUGGAUGAGUGAGCAUCGCAAGUUAACUAGCGAUAAUUGGAACCCUUUAGUCAGGGUGCUGAAGGGAGGGGUUCAGUUUAGGCUAACAGCUACUGAAAGUAUACUUGUAGAGUUGCAUUGAUAGUGAUUAGGAAAUAUUGGCAAAACCAAGCUGCUUGUUGAAAACAACAUUUAGGAGCUCACAUUUUCACUAGAUUAUCUCUAAUAGAUCGUCUAUCAACAAUUGCACCAACCAUUGGCACGUUAGACAUCAGAAAUAGUCUUAGCCAAGUCUUCUUUUUCAGAAUUCGUCUGGCUUUCUAAAUGGGCUUUUUAGAUUAACCAAUGCAGCGCAAGAGGCUUGGUACUAAUCUUCAAACAUCAUGUCUUGAGCUACUUAGUAUUCGAGAGGUUAAGCAACACGUAGAACUCAUGCCGACUCUGGCACCUUCGUCAUAGUGCUCUUGCUGUUCACUAUGGCUUCAGAAACAACUUCUUCGGCUGCACCAGCUGUAAUUCUUGCAGCACUUUCUCAAAAUUCGUGAUGACCUGCAAUAUUUCGAGCCGAAUCAUGGCUCAGAGAACAGUGUUCUCUGCUUGUACCCUAACCUGCACCUGCAGUAUUUCGAAUGAACUCGCUUUAAAGGCAGCCUCAGCGACACCUUACGAGGGGGGCGAGUUUCGCAAGCCAUUGGGAGGCAAGCAUGAAACUUGCAAUAACUGUAGCCGAAGUGUAUACAAACUGUUUUAGCGGCUGCAGUCUGAGAGCUAUGGCUACUUGAGGUUGCAGUGUUCCUGAUGAGGCACUAUUUGCAAAAAGAUUCAAGCCCAUGGCAUGCCUUUUUAGUUAAGUUCUUGUGAGCGAACCAGACAUAACUGCUUCGAGCACCAGCUAGAGAUGGUUUUUGCUCUCCAUUUUUCUUUUCUCGUUCGAAUGUCUCUGUUCUUGCUUCAUCUGCAAAGAGUGGAAAUUUCACGCAUUGCAGCUAGCUUUCUCUCUGCUUGACGUAUCGACUCGUGUAAUAACUAAACCCCAGCUUUGAACUCUCAUGUUUAGAUUAUAUACGUGAUUAUAAGUGGUGUCCGUAAUUUUUAACAGGUAAAAAGGGCUGUUUCCCAGCCGGCUAAGUUGUAUAUUAAGCCAUAUCCUGUUUUUGAAGUAAAGCACAAUAUAUGUGUAAGUAGGGCAACAUUAUCUGUUAAAGGGAUAGGGAUGAGCUCAGUGAAAAGUUUACCUGUUCUUACUUUCUUUAGCUGAUUGUGUCUAUUAUGGGUAGGUUGGCAGCUGUUGCAACUCAUAGUUAUAGAUUCAGUGUAUUUUGUACUCGCUGGUGUCGUUGGUCUUGGCCUAAACCGUAUAGUUUUAUACUUUUAAAGAAGAUGGGUUAACUUUAAUGAUGAAGACUUUAGGUGAAGGGGAAAAUUUGAACACAAUAGCAGCCCUACUACUUUUUUUUUGUGAAAAACGAAGUAAGGGAAGGGUGAGGCUAUUACACGAGUUUGUAUGCGAGCUUCUUUCCAACCCACAAAUUUAUUACUUCAUCUUCAGCAGGAGCUUUCUCGUUUCUAUUGGGCUCCUCCAUAGGCAACCAUUAAGGCUAGAUAUUCAAAAUAAAAUGGACUAGGAGACAUAUUAACAAUAUUUGAGUAGUUUGUGCAUGUAGCAGGCAACGUUAAUAGCUUCAAAAGCUUUCGCACAACUUCUCGGCUACAAAACAUAGACGUAUGCUGGCUCCAUUUUACGGGCAUUUGUGUUCUCGUGACACUGGGGUUAUGAAUUUCUGAAGUUCUGCAUUGUAUGUCACGUUAUCCUUAAUUUUGUCAUUCAGCUACAUAACUAUGGGAUAGUUGCCCACCACUUGUCUAAUUUGUAAGAAUUCUUGAGAGAGUGCAGUAAGGUGGCAAGUUUGCGUAGUGUUAUCUUGGGGCAGGCACAGGUUAUUAUGUCAACAAAAGAGGGCAGCUGCAUUUCAUUUUAGUUCCGCUGUGACCGCGUGGCAAUGCUUUAGAUUCAGAUUCUGUCGUCUGCUCUGGUUUUUUGCUUGGCAUUUCAAAUAUUUUGCAAUUUGCCAUUAAGAGCCAUUACGAAACUUCGAACACUAUGAGGGGCAGGACGUUACCAAGUCUUUCCAACCUUUGUUUUCCUAAUUAUUUUUUGUUUGAUUUUCAGGAAUUGUGAUUGUGUACAUCUAACACGUGUAUGUGUGCGUUGCGCACUCACAUGCAUGUGUGUAAAUAGUGGGCUUGUUUUUCCGGUGUUCUUUGCUUUCAGUCCUAUUUAUUGCUUGUCCUGACAAUGUGUGUACUUCUUGUUGCCUUGUUAGCCUGGGUUGCUUGUUUUAGUCUGUUGUCAAAAUAUGCAGUCAUUUCACACAAUCUGUGCACAUGCUCGUUUGAUCAUGUGCUGGCUUCGUGGUGAGAGUAUGUACAGACCCGAGUUUGCGUUGCUGUGCGUGCUCGUUUUACUGGCUCUUGUGAUUAUGGUGUCGGAUGGCAAAUGCUUCCGUGCAAGGCGUAUUGUUGGGAAACAGAAAGGUUGCAUAGGUUACACAAGGAACGUGUUGCAACAGAAGCUGCAAGCGCGUAUCAUUUGGCAUUCACUUUAUUAUUAUUUUUUUUUGCUUUAGUUAUUACAUUCAACUGUCCAUGUGUGUGUGUGAAUGCGCAUCAGGAGAGUUUGCUGGUGCCGUGCAAUUGGAGAGCUGCGUAUUCCGAAGGUUCUCGCCCAAAUGGCAGUUGUCUGGCUGGGAAGCUCGUACCAUUUGUAGAGCUGACUUAUGCGCUUACAUAAAGCUUGCAAAGAAGAUGAAAAAUAUCAGCAAAGUGUAGCACAUAGAAAUGCAUGAUGCUAGCAGGCCUAAAAGCAAGAUGCACGUAGUGCAGAAUUUCUGGUGUUCAUCAUCAGAGGCAAUUUUCUGUGCUCGUGACAGGGAAUGGCUAGUUAAAAAGUUGAGUGAAACCUUAUUAUCCAAGUUCGAGUUUGAGAAUUGCUUGACGGUGUCUGAUGAGUUAUUUUUGCUAAUGACUAAGCCUCUUGCUAGUUAAGUGUGCUAUGGAAGGGUGACUUCGUGUCUUCAAGUUGUAACAUCAUGCGCUGUACCCCAUCUGAACUGAGUCCAGUAGGGAGAGACAAAAUAGCGAGAGAAAAUUCAGGGACACAAACCGAGAACAAAGCAUUGAGGGGCACAGUCUAUCCUCUCUGGUAGUUGCAUGCUGCUCAGAUUUGCGUCAUCCACUAUACAGAGACAGGUCGCACUUCAAGCAAAUUUCACUUGCCAGUAGCCUCAACUUUCGGCCUAUCCCGCCUGCCAGCACAGUUCAUCCUGCAUUUGCAUGCACCAGUGAGCUCCCCUUAUGUGCUAGGCCUGUGUGUGCUUGUGUGUGCGUUUGAGAGAGCAGUGCCUCUGCCCUUGGAUUGUAUUAUUCCCGUUUCUGUUGGCUAUUAUUUUUGUAUCAUUCAGGUGGUGGCAGUUGUGGUUUUUUAUUAUAUCAGCGAGCAUGAAAGAUGCACUUGCAUGUAGCUUGUUGACCGUCGAACGAGGGUAGGAGGGACAGGUCACUGUUGUUGGUUAAUUAUUUUGUUUAAAUGAAUUGAAAAGUGAGCACUGUGUUAGAUGUACAUACAUAUAAUAUAUAGAUAUAUAUCUCUAUCUCUACCAUUGACCUGUAGCGACAAAAGAUUUGCCUGGGGGCAGGAAUCCGAAGCGUUUCGCCUAGUGUAGGACAAUUGACGGCACACGGGUGAGGGGGGCGAAGUAACCCGACCAUUGAGCAAGCACAGCUGUUCCUUCUGACUGAGCUGAUUCGAAGCCAGUCUCGUCUUUGCCUUGCCACGACUCUUACCGUGGACAGCUGAGCAGCUGCUGUUCUCAACGUCGAUAUCGCCACCUUUUUCCGGUGGCACUCGAGUCUCUCGGGCGGCACUGCUCCGGGUGCGUGCUGUGCAAGUCUCGUGGCUGCAUGGCAUCAUCGGCCGUGGAGCUGGCUAGUGCGGCUUGUCUCCAUCUGCCAAGCAGCAGAGCCAAGGUGUGCCACCAGUGCACCUGAAUUAAAUGCACCUCUGUCUUUUCCCCCUUCCUGUUUCCAUAUGGGGCCUUUGAUGUCUCUAGUACCAUCGCUCUGUACUGAGAGAGCAAACACGCUGACAGCACCGCCACCACUCCCAACUGUUGCGCACACCUUAGUUAUAUGUGCUUGCCAGUGUCCAACCCCUGUCACACUACGCGGCACACACACGCACACAAAAGAAAAAAAAGAAAAGCAAAAAAAAGUCUGCUGUGGAAGCUAUAGCAAGGUGCUUUUUUAUUUCAUUCGAUACCUCUCCAACAUUUUGCUUGUCCUAACGACAUGUGGCCAUGAACCUGUUUCAGCAAAGCUGGUUGCGACACUUGGCUGGCAUGUUGUGGACAGUGUUUCCAUACAUUUAUUUCUCUUGCGUUGUCAUUUCACCUCAUUCGUGUCCCACGUGUGACAGGGGUUCCAGUUGACUCUCCGAUGUCAGAUGUUGCUUGCGGAAUGGUGGUGGAAGAACGUCAAAUUUGUGGUGCCAUUGCAGGCUAAUCUUCUAAACAAGUGUUGCACGAACGUUGCUAAAACCGUUGGCUUUACUUGCAUCAUGUCAACAAAGCCAACUGGGUGAAACUUUUUGGACAGAAUUACUUUUACAUUGACAAGGUGUAUUUUAUUAGAGAAAUUCGACUGGCGUGUCUCGGAGUGCAGGGUAGUAGCUUGGAAGUUCCGACAUCUGAGAAUCGGCUGGGCGACUGCUUGGCACAAAACUUCAAGCGUGGAGACAUGUCUCAAAAUUGGACACUGAAAACGAAGAUCAGCGCUUACUUCUUCACACACGAAAACGAUACAUGCACUUAACAUGCAUAACACACACACAAAAAUGCAGAGGCAAGCGUGUCUUCUACGGGGUCGCUUGAAUGGGAAAGAGUCGCAAAAAUGAGUGUUGAGAAGGGGGUAAAGUAUGAAGUGUCACUCGCGGGGCUGCAACGCCCGGUGCGCCGAAGAAGCAGCAGCGAUGACGACGCGUGUGUGUGUGUGAGAUGUGUAGUACACGCCUGUCCGUUGGUGCCUUUCUUAUCGAAAAACUGUGCGUGCAUUCCACAGUGCGUGCCUGUGUGCGUCUCUCUUCUUGCCUUCGUCCCGCGCGCGCCACCACCGCGUGUGACGUCAGCUCAAUGCUGAUACCGCCACCGUUGCGCUGCUGUGACGUCGGUCGCGGCGCACAUCUCACGUGACCUCCAUGUGCAGAGCCCUGUGCCAUGGCUGCAGCCUUAUGUCCUGCAGACGUUCAGUGCGGUGCCGAUUCACUGGAUAAGAGACAUACUCUCUAACGAAAAGCUUGUUCUUAGUUUUUUUUUUCUUUUUCUGUCACCGCCCGGGAGAAUGACGGCGAUACGUUUCAAUUCAUGACAUUUUUGCGGAAACGGACGAGAGCAGCGAAAUUGGAGGUGACAAUCACGAACAAGUCGGUAUUCGGAACCAUGGCGAAUACCCGCGAAAAUGGCUAGAAUUGGUGAGAGGCAUAUACCGCGUGGGAUGAGUGCUUAGAGAAAAGAGCUUCAGAACGCGAUGCCGUUUUCGAAACCACACGUAUUGAUUUGCGGAGCCUGAGUGAUUGAACGGUUGGCGUCGCUCGGUUAUAUGUUUUUAUUUUCUCAGUGACUCGCGAAGGAAGGUGGCGACACGGCUGUGCUUGGUUGCCAUAGAGCACGUCCUUUUGCAGGAUCACGGUGAGCAGGAUUGCGUGCGCUGCUCUAUCUUCCUCACGCCCAUCCAUCUGAUCGAAUCUUCCCAGUGGUCGAUGAACCGUGCUAAAGUGCUGCUCGUCGCAGCGCUGAGACUCAGAAAACAGACCGAGUGGUUCCCGCUUGCGCCGUGUACUUUGUUUCAGUUCACUGUUAAAGCUGGCUGUAGAAUCCAAAGUGGGGUGCCAGCCAGCGCAAGUUGAGGGGUCGCACCUUUCGUUUUGCGUUUGAAGUUUGUGGCAAGCAGGACAUAUACUAGAACGAAACGAACGCGCACAUCUUUUGCCCUCUUUCUGCAAUCAAACUACGCCUUGACGGCGGUUUCGGGGAGGCUCUAGCAGUCACGUGAGCCAGUCAGAACUGUCGCAGAUGACAAGUUCGCCAAUGUGGCAAACUUUCACAACGUCCAGAAUCUAUCACCACCGUUUGGUUCUCUCCAAAUCGAUUCAGACCACUUAGGGCACCCUGAGCCGCAUUUCUCAUUUCGUGUUCACGCACGAAACUGGGUCUGCAUGAUUGCGCGACAUUCGAAGUGAUCUCGGCAUUUCCCCUAAUCGGGCGCACUCUUAAUGCCGAUGUGGUCGUCCGUGUGGUGUAAACCUUGUAGUCGAAGCGCCUGAGGCGGCUCAUGUUUGACCCAGUCUGGAUGUUGGCUAAACUUUUGCGUGAUCACGACGCGUAGGCACAGAAAUGAGGGAGGGAGGUACUCUGCGCAUGGAGGUCAGUGCGUUGCGUGCUUUUGUGCGUUUGUCGUACCAUAUUUGUUCUGCUGGAGAGCGCAGCGGUGUAUUUGUUUGUAUUUCCAUCUUCUGUAUGUUCGCCGUGACGGUGUCGGUCAGUUUCUUUAUUAUUUUUUUUGUUUUGUUUUUCCGUGGCGUACGUGUGUGUUGCGCCAGUGGCGCUUAUGUGUGUACCGAUGACGAUGUCGCGCGCAGUAGUUGCGGCCGUUGCUGCGGCUGACGAGAGUGAUUAUAUUGAUGAUCGUGAUGCUAUGUCGGCGAUGUACACACACACACACGCACACACAUACUCUACACAUACACGAGACACAUAUGCUAUCCCCUCUUCUUGUUCGCCUUUGAUAAUCGAUACACAAGUGCACACACGCAGAAGAGAGCUGAGGAUAUACUGUGUUUGCGGCGGGCUUUGUAAAUAGACCGAGAGAAAGAGAGAGAGUGAGGAAUAAAAACCUUCGAGGGAACUAGUCAAGUACAAUAAAGUUUAGUACAAUGGUA